ACACACAUCUGGAAAACAUUAAGGAGAGGGACAGCGAGUGGAAGAAGGUGGGACAGACAAAGGCAGAAAUCUGUGAGAAGAAAGGCGUUAAACACGAUGAAGUCUUUCAGGUUGAAAUUAUGUUUAAGUUACAAGUCUUUGGAAAAACAAGUUAACCUGUAAAAACAGAGAGACUUACUUCACCCAGGAAGGAGGAAAAUAGAAGGAAGGAAAGCAACUUUAGGCGCCUGGCCGCUUCAGAGACCAAAUCUAGGACAACUGUCAAGCUAACAAAGCAUUAAGGGAGUUUGGCUUUAAGAGGAGUGUGACAAGAACUGAGAGAAGUAAAAGUCAUCUUCAGGAUGUCUGUGUCUCGGAGGUGCUUGUGCUGCGUUAAAUACUUGAUGUUUAUCUUCAAUCUUAUCUUCUGGCUGGGAGGAUGCGGCUUGUUUGGCAUCGGGGUCUGGCUAUCCUUCACACAGGCCGAGUUCUCCUCUCUUCUAUUGUCCUUCCCAUCGCUCUCAGCUGCCAAUCUGCUGCUGGUUGCUGGUGGUAUCACUAUGGUCAUAGGAUUCCUGGGUUGCCUUGGAGCUCUAAAGGAGCAGCGCUGUCUUUUGUGCACUUUCUUUGUAAUCCUGUUGAUCCUGGUCCUGACAGAGGUCACUUUGAUGCUGGUUUUAUACUACCUCCAGGACAAGGUGGAGAUACAUGCCAAGAGUAAUUUAAAGGAUGGUAUGAAGAAAUAUAAUUCAGAAAAUGAGCUGCAAAAAUCCUGGGACAAUGUGCAGAAAAUGUUCAAAUGCUGUGGAGUGAACAACAAAACAGACUGGUAUGAAGUGCUGAACAGAACGCUGCCCUCGUCCUGCUGCCCCGGUGCUGAGAGAGAGACGUGUAAAGAAUGGAGUGAGCAGGGGUGCUAUGCGAAGGCCAAAAACUGGUUGAGUGACAACAUCCGCCCCGUCCUUGUGUUUGGCGUGUGCAUUGGUGUUGUACAGAUCUUGGCCCUGGUGUUUUCCAUGCAGAUGUAUUGUCAAAUUCUUUAUGCUGAGAAGAACUUGGACUAACAGCCAGGUACCACAUCACAUGGACAGUGUGACUGGUCAUAAACAUUAAGGGGAAAACCUCCAGGCCCUUAAGCGGGCUCUGAGAAAUGCUCUGAGGUGACAGGGUAACAAUUAUUCCAAUAAAACUUUUUCUAUAGUGGGUAUGUUCAGCGUAGAUCAGCCAAAAAAUCAUGUUCUUAACUUCAUCAAUUUAAACACUAUAUAUUGCAUUGGUAUGUACAUUUAUUUAUUUUCUAUUUUCUGCUGAUUCAGUCUCUGCUGGCUCAUGCUAUUGCUCCUGUGCUGUAUUUGAGGACUUAUUUGCUAAACAAACUGGCUUGUUUUAUCAAUGUGCUCCUUUUAUCAAUGCAAAUGUGACGGUAAAAUAGCUGAAGUAUUUCAUGUGAGCAACAGUUCUGAUCUGGUAGAAUCAAAAACACAGACAUUAAUCAAGUUUUCUCUCAUAAGCAUUUAGGUAUUACUAGACACUGAUUUCCCUUCAACUUAUUGCAGAUUAUUUGAGUGCAAUAUCAUUCUGUGGCAGACUGAAAUGUGAACAGGGCAUCAUCAUGCAUACACAUUAUGCUCCAGCAGAUUUAUUGUUGUUGUUGAUUAGUGUUUUCUUCACGAGACUGGGGUAAACUGUGCAAGCUGCGCAAUGUUG